AUGGUCUGGCCUGCAAAUGGAAUGUCGCCGUGGGGAUUUGGUAUGGGUUUUGAGAUUUUUUGAGGUUUUUUGAGAAUUUUUGAAAUUUUUUGGAGGCAUUUUGAUACUUUUUGGAGUUUUUUUUUGAAUUUUUUUGAGAUUUUUUAUUAUUUUUGAGAAUUUUUGAUAAUGGCCUGGAAAUGGAAUGCCUCCGAGAGGCUUUUGUAGGAUUUUUGAAAUUAUUUGGCCAUUUUUUGGAGGCAUUUUGAUACUUUUUUGGCAUUUUUUUCAAAUUUUUUGAAAUUUUUUUUCUGAUUUUUGGUAAUUUUAAAUGUUCAAAUUUUUUUUUCUGGCUUCGCUGGUAAUCGUAGCACAUUUCUAGAUCUUUUUCAGCCUUAUUUGGCGAUUUUUUUAAAUUUUUUGGCAUUUUUUGCGAUUUUUUGAUAUUUUUUGAGAUUUUUUGACUCUCUAAGCAAUUUCCUUUGCGAUAAUCAAUUUUUUAUGCCCGUAGAGUCCAAAUUCUCUACAUUCUAUAGGGACCAAUUUGGCAUCCCCAAUUUCUCAUACAUUUAGUGCAAAGUUUGCAUAAAAAUUGAAUUUUUGCUCAUUUGGGGGUCAUUUUCAUUCUGGGGUGAGGUUGGUGACCGCUCUCAGAGCUCCGAAGUUUUUUCGCCCUUCAGAAAAAGUUGUAAAUACAAGUAAAAAAAUAAAAGUUAAGCAUACCUGAGGUCAUUAACAACAUGUCCUAGGGGUUCUCUGACAUUUUCAAUAAAUGAAGUACAAUAUUUGACGAAAAAGGGGGUACCACAAUUUUUUAGUAGGUUUUCUGCUGGGGUUUAGAUUACAUUUUCAUGAUUAAUAGGAUACAGGCAUAUUAGAGACACUUUAUUUGCAAAAUCAACGCGUUUUUUAAGGCGAACUAUGAUAAAUGAAGUUUAUAUAAGUUUGAAUUGUAAAGAGACGUAAUCUGAAUGAAAGCGAUUGUGUUAAAUACAAGCAACUCGUAUUUUUCACAUUUAUUACGGUUAUUGUGCCAUUUAGGAAUUGUUUCAUAACUUCGCAAUUCUUUUUCAUUCAAAAUUUAGAUCUUUGAGAGCUCUGAGAGAGCGGUCACCAACCUCACCCCAGAAUGAAAAUGACCCCCAAAUGAGCAAAAAUUCAAUUUUUAUGCAGAUUUUGCACUAAAUGUAUGAGAAAUUGGGGUUGCCAAAUUGGUCCUAGGUGAUUUUUUGAAAAUCCGAAAAUUUGCAUAAAUUUGCAUAUUUUCAAAAAUUCAAAAAUUUUUUAUUCUAAAUCUUCCCAAUUUUCAGAACAAGUCAGUCGGAAACGCUCCCACCCUUCCUACAUUGCCCCGCUGAACGCCGAGCCCCAUUUUGAUGGACAAGGCAGACGCACCGAACUGCCCGUGAAACGCUCCCACAUUGACCAAGCCUUCGCGCCUCAGCCGCCCGGCCCCUUCGGAACCAUCUUCCUGACGUCCCAUGGCCCGCCGCUAACCCCUCAACGCCGCUGCAUGGGACCAUUUGGCGAUGGAAUUUGA